AUGGAAACUACAUGGUCACCGGAUGAAGGAAUAAUUGUCACUUCAAACUCAACAGGAGACAUUAUUGAGAAUGAACACACAUCAACAACAUUGUUGAUUUUGGUCAAGGUUUUGGCAGUACUUGCGAUCUUUCUGUGCGUCUUACUGAAUCCACUGAUGCUUGUCACCUUACGCCGUGUCACCAGCAUCCAGCCAACAACCAAAAUAUUCAUGGCUUCUCUCACCCUGUCUGAUCUGUGCAACAACUUAUACUGGAUCCUUGCAUUAACCGAAUUGUUUGCUGGAUCUUGGUUGCUGGGGGAUUUUUUCUGUGUGGUAUACAGUGUGACUAGUUACCUUUUUGUCAGUUUGAGUAUUGUUUCUCUGUUUAUUCUGACUGUGGAUCGUUAUAUUGCAAUUUCCCGUCCUCUGCAAUACCCUUCAAUCAUGACUGUGUUCAGGUCAAAGAUAAUUGUGUUGAGCACAUGGGCUACAGUGAGCAUUAUCUGCAGUUUGGUACUUGGGAUUAAUGGGAGUCGUAUUGUCUCCCUGGAUACCCGUUAUUACCUUUGCCUAGGACAUAAUGACUGGAGGAAUUAUCUUUUUUUUUUGCUAGCUGUUGUCAUAAUUCUAUCAAUAUUCAUCCUGUAUGCACGCAUCGCCUGGAUAGCUCGCAAGCAAGCCCGACGCAUUGCUGCUGAAAACCAAGCAGGCAAUGGUCAAGGUGGGCGGAGAAUAAACACCAGAUCAACCACCACCAUCAUCAUCAUAACAGGGACUUUAAUCAUCACCUGGAUUCCUACAGUGGUCAAGUUAGCAAUGGCUUCACAAAGCCAAUGGGAACCUUAUGACUUUUACUUGGCCUCGAUGUUCACACAAGUUCUGCUGUUGUGCAAUGGCUGGCUGAAUGUUAUCAUUUACUACCUGAGGAAUAGGGAUCUUCGUCAGGCAGUGUGUUCUUUACUAUCUGACUGGCAUCAAAGUCUGCAACAAAGAUUCCUGCAUUAACGUUACAACGCAGUUGUGAUGCUUGAUGAUACAACCAUUCGCCAGCA